AUGAAGGAUUCAUUUGACUUGAACUCGCGUAAGACAAGGGAGAUGCGGUGCAGAGCCACAAGUACAUACCCACUUCUCAUCGAGCAGGCAAGGGUAGUCCCUAAAUUUACCUACUUGGGAAGCAUAUUCACAGAAACUGGAGAAAAUGGCAUCACUUUCAGAAUCACAAAAGCCGACGGCCAGUAUCAGGCUAGUUUAGUAAUCACGGAAGUUAAUACGACAAGUCAAACAAAAUCUUACGAUAUUGAACGUGUUGAUGGUGGCGAGACGUGGAAAGUUACAAAGACCACCACACAACAACACCAGAUCUUCGUCCGUUGCCUGUGUCAAAUACUUGGAAUAUUUAGCCCGAGAGAAUCUCUUAUCAUCAGCUAUGGAAAGGUUUGA